UCGGACGCUGAAGGGCCGGGCGUCGUGGGGGUCAUGGCAUCGCUGGCGGAGCGAGUGCGGGCCAACGGGCGCAUCGCCGCCGGGCUCCUGCUCAACCUGCUGGUGUCCAUCUGCAUCGUGUUCCUCAACAAAUGGAUCUAUGUGCACCACGGCUUCCCCAACAUGAGCCUGACGCUGGUGCACUUUGUGGUCACCUGGCUGGGCUUGUACCUGUGCCAGAAGCUGGACAUCUUUGCCCCCAAAAGCCUGCCGCCUUCCAAGCUCCUCCUCCUGGCCCUCAGCUUCUGUGGCUUCGUGGUCUUCACCAACCUCUCCCUGCAGAACAACACCAUAGGCACCUAUCAGCUGGCCAAGGCCAUGACCACGCCGGUGAUCAUAGUUAUCCAGACCCUCUGCUACAAGAAAACCUUUUCAACCAAAAUACAGCUCACGCUGUGGGUAGGAGCCAAACAGCAUGAAUUGCAAGUUAACUCAAUGCAGCUGCUGUACUACCAGGCUCCAAUGUCAUCGGGCAUGUUGCUGGUUGCCGUGCCCUUCUUUGAGCCACUGUUUGGAGAAGGAGGACUGUUCAGCCCCUGGUCAGUUUCUGCUUUGCUCAUGGUGCUGCUCUCUGGAGUAAUAGCAUUCAUGGUGAACUUAUCGAUUUAUUGGAUCAUUGGGAACACGUCACCAGUCACCUACAACAUGUUUGGACACUUCAAGUUCUGCAUCACUUUAUUUGGAGGCUAUGUUUUAUUUAAGGACCCGCUGUCAGUUAACCAGGGUCUCGGCAUGCUGUGCACAUUAUUUGGCAUUCUCGCCUAUACCCAUUUUAAACUCAGUGAACAGGAGGGAAGUAAGAGUAAAUUGGUACAGCGUCCUUAAUUGUUUUCUUGUGUGUGUGGAGAAAAGUCACCUGAAGAUUUAAAAAUGUUAAGUGUACGAGUUGCUUUCAAAGAAGAAAAAUAAUUACAUUGCAUAAUUCAUGGAAUGAUGGUUUCCAAGGAGUAACACAAAGGAAACUUUAUUUAUAAGUAUGACUUUUUCCUUUAGAGUACCUUUUUUGAAGAACUUAAUUCAUGCCUCUUUUCAAAGGUGAUGGUUGUAUGAAGUACACAGGAUGGUUUGGUUAUACCAAAUGAAGUACAUGAAAUUAAAGUUCUGUAAAAGCGGCAGAGGACUUCAUAUCACUGAACUACAGAUGUGUCGAGGUUUUUAAGUGUUCAUACUCUUCCAAAGAAGGAGCGUAGCACUCCUCUACUUGCUCGUGGAUGGUCCCCAAUGUGAGCUCUGUAAUUUUAUCCACCGUUCAAGUCAGAAUUUAAAUCUAACAUUUCUAUUUUAGUUGGCUUAGUAUAACUUCCUGCUUAUUUCACUUAUAGAAAUGAAAUAUAAUUUAUAGAAAACAAAGUGUAGUACAGAAGGCCACAAAACAAAAUCCAGUUCCAAGAGUACCAUUUUUCUAGUGGAAAAUUGAGGUCAGAAGUUAUACGUUAUCCAAAAAAACCCUACAGUUUCUAUAGAUAUUCUCUUGUUUUGGAGUUCUCGGUGAGCUCUAGAAACAUGUGUGAAGUUAAAAAACAAAGUAGCUCCAUGUUCAAAUAGCCCAAAGAAAAGAUUAUGGCCCGGCUGGGCGUGGCUCAGCAGUUGAGCAUAGACCUAGGAUCCAGGCGAUAGGGGUUUGAU